AAUGAGUUAUCUCUAUUCACCUUACAAAUCCUAUGUUAGACCAUAAUAGUAUUCACCAACCCGUUCAUAUGUUUCUCCAUAUUAUACAUCCACUCCACCAAGAGGUACACUUGCUUAUUUAAGAAAUAAGGUAAUUCUUGGGUAGAAAGAAUCCCUGUUGAAUAGAGAUAUACAGAGUAUGUUCCAGAAUAAAGAAUUGAAUAUAAACCAGUAGAAAGAAGAUAUACAGACUAUGUAGAAAGUAAGAAAUUAUUGAUAUUAUUAAGUCGAACAUUACAGAGAUUAUGUACCAGUUCCAAGACUUGAAAGAAGAGUGGAAUAUGUGCCUAUUGAGAGAUAUGAUGAAGCAGUUGACUAUGUUCCAGUUGAGAGAUCUAGUGUUGUUCGUUAACCAUUAGCAAAUUCAUUAGCCUACAGUAGAUAUUCAAGAUAUCCAUCCAGAUAUUAUUAUUAUUGAUU